UGCAGUGCAUGUUGGGAUAUCUCAAAAUGGCGCUGCCCAGGGAGUUUUGAACUUUGUUAAGAGUUAAACACAUUUAUAAGGAAGGAGAAACAUAAUUUUCUUGAUAAUCCAGGUUCAACAUGUACCAAAUACAAUGUCAUACUUGCCACUGAUCAUAGAUGCUUUUUAGCGGCCACGGGAACACUUCAGUUUAGAACCACAUCACAAACUAGCACGAAAUUCACACUCCUGUUGACGAUUUUCAUAUAUAGCCUGGCCUCAAAAAGUGUGUUAUGAAGACCAGCUGCACUCCUGGAGCUCUCAAAUUUUGAUCUUACCUCUCAUCUCAACUCGCACAGUCCUGUAAAGUCAAUGUUUUACAUCAACAGAGCUGAGCACCCAUGGACAGCUGUCGCCAUAUCAACAGAGUGAAAGUAUCUCAGGAUCAUUCUAUUCUUAACCCUCAGAAAUGGCUUUGUGCUGAGUGUGGGACUACAGAAAGUGUUUGGGCUUGCUUGAGCUGCUCUCAUGUAGCCUGUGGAAGAUAUAUUGAGGAGCAUGCAUUUAAACAUUACCAACAGACUAAGCACCCAAUAUCCAUUGAAGUGAAUGAACGAUAUGUUUAUUGUUAUGUAUGUGAUGACUAUGUCCUGAAUGACAAUCCUGCCGGGGACCUGAAACUGCUGCGUAGCACACUGAAUGCUGUUACCACUCAGUCCUUUGAGGAUGUGGAGAAGAGAGGAAGACGAAUAUUAAGGUCAAAAUCUUUUGCUGGUUUUGAAAACAGGGCUGCUGCAGCAAAAGUGAAUGAAGUAGAGGAUAGAAAUUAUACUGCUUUAUGGCACAGAAGGGUAAAUCUUCUGAGCAAAGUGUUUUAUGCAUGGAGAAGUUUAGUAAUAAAAGAUGUAAUCAAAUCUGAACCCAAAGCACAAGAAGCAUCCAAGUCAGGCCCUGUCCAGCAGGGACCAUCUUCAUCCUCAUCCUCAUCCUCAUCUACUUCUUCCUUGCCACCAGGUGUCACUACAGUCACCUCCCCCACCAGGAAGAAACCUCCCAUACUUCUCCCAGGGACCACAGGACUCAGGAAUCUAGGCAACACUUGUUAUAUGAACUCUAUAUUACAAGUUCUAAGUCACCUGGAAGGCUUUCGGGAUUAUUUCCUGUAUUUAACUGGUGAUUUUUCUCCUGGAAACACUCCACAGAGGGAGUGCAGAACACCUAAACAUCCCAAUUAUAUGAGACAAACCACUGUAGAAUGUUUUCAGCACAUCAAUACGCCAAAGAAAAAGUCAGAAAGUGAUCGAGGUGGGCUGAAUGGAGGCAGUACAGAGGUGGCACCCAGUGGUACCUCAAAACUCCAAAACCAGGCCACAGACUCUAACCAACGCAUGGUCACACGCUCUGAAGACUUAUCUCUGUCUGAGGAGCUCCAUGCACUGUUCCGUGUGAUAUGGUCAGGGAAGUGGGUAUUGGUCAGCCCACAUGCAGUGUUACAUGCAGUCUGGAACCACAUACCCUCUUUCAAGGGCUUUGCUCAGCAAGAUGCACAGGAGUUUCUGUGUGAGCUAUUGGACAAAGUCCAGAAUGAGCUGCAAGCUUCUGUGUCAGCGAGCAGUGUCCGAGAUGUGAUAGCAGAGACAUUCCAAGGAGAGCUGAUAAGUGAGGUGAAAUGUCUUGCAUGUGGUCAGAAAUCCCAGCGGUUUGAGCCCUUCAUGGACCUGUCCCUGGAUUUCCCUGACAGGUACCAUGACCCCAAGUGUGCCGAGGCCCAGGAAAGCUGUCAUAUCACAGAAAUGUUAGCCAAAUUCACAGAGACUGAGAAGCUAGAUGGGGAGAUUUAUUCAUGUGAAUACUGCAACAGCAAAAGAAGAAAAACAAGCAACAAAACUGUGAUAUACACUGAAGCUGAGAAGAGAUUUCUUGUGAACAAAUUACCACCAGUAUUACGUUUACACCUGAAAAGAUUUAGGUGGUCAGGGAGAAACCAUCGUGAGAAAAUAAUGACCCAUGUGGACUUCAAUGACGACCUCCGUAUGGAGCCAUUCUGUAACCCUGAGCAGUGUCUGGUGAACACGUACUACACUCUGUCUGCAGUGGUCAUACAUCACGGCAGGGGGUUUGGUUCAGGGCACUACACAGUCUAUGUGUGGAAUGACUCCACCCGUGCCUGGUUCUUGGGUAAUGAUGCCAAGGUGGAACCCUGCAUGAUGACUGAUGUGCUGAAGGCACAAGCCUAUAUACUGUUCUACACCCAGUCCGCGUCCCCCUCCUUGUCCAGUAAGCCAGAGGUACUGGCCACACCACUGGACAGUACAUCGGAGGAAGAAGUGGACGAUGAGAUCACAUUCAAUUUUAGAGCUAACAGCCCUGAAUGCACAUUGCCAAACAAAAGGAGUCGAACUGAGAGUGAGAGCAAAUAUACUGUGGCUAAGAGGAAAAGGACUACUUCUACAAGCUGGUGUUCCAGGCCACCUUGCAAGUUUGCUGUGAUGAUGUCUUGCUGGAAGAGACAGUAGUAUAAGGAGCACAAUAAUGAAAUGGUACUUAACACAACAUGAAACUGCCUAAAGAACAAUGGCAUGUUAUUUAUGUGUUCAAAAGCCCAUUCAAGUCUUACUCAGGAUAAGUUGAGGCAGCUCAAAAUGUAAUUUAAAUUCAAGUAUGUGUGUAACUAUGAGAGUGUUCUAGCAAUUAGAAUUUUUUGUUUUGCUUAAUGAGGCAUAUGCCUGUGCAAAUGUUGGCAAUAUUUCAAUAUUGUGGCAUUUGUUGUCAUAUUGAUUGUAAAUGAAAAGCACAACAAAUACCUAUAUCUUGUCUUCACCUUUCUCGCUGUUUGAUUGAUCUAAAUUUUGAGUCCUCUUUUACCACUGUAGGUUUAGGUACAUCAGUAAAUUAUUUAGUGAUAUAAAAUGGCCUGAAUACAUUCAGGAUAUAAAGAAUUAAUGAGGAAGGUGUGGUGAGUCUUGUACAAGAGUGUGCAAAACAGAAAUAAUCAUAUCUUCUUCGAAAGGAAUUAAGGAAUUUUUAACCAUCAUAUGCCAAGAGAACAUAUGUAACAAGCUUUAAUUUAUGUUAAUUUUAUUGAUACAAAUUUUAGAGCUUGAAGUUGUAGUUACUGAUGUUAAGGUCAUGAACUGACCUUUUGCAUUUUAUCACACCAUUAAGAACCAUAUUUUAUUUUAAAUAUGUUAAAUAAUGUGUAUAUAUUUCUUGUAGAAAGAAAUUUUAUUUUUCAUACAAGUGUGAAUAAAUUUGAAAUGUUUUAAAGACAUUUCUGUGUGCAACUUUAGAGCCAUUUGAGAUGAUUUCUGAAUAAGUGGAAUGUAGAUUGUGCAACCGG